AUGACCGGGUUCUGGAGCUUGAUUGCCUGUAUCAAGCAGGUACCCCAUGUGAACGUUGCACACGUCGACCCUGAACUCACCCUGCCGGCCAAUGCCCUGAUCCAGGCUCAUCAGGAAUACAUCAUGGGUAUCAACGAUGAGGACGGAGAUGAACUGGUUCAGGCGUCCCAUGCGAAGUUGCAGACUGCCCAGCAGGUCUUCAAAAACAAGCGUAGUGGUCUGGCCCGUAGGGCUGCCACCUCCAAGGCUGCCACCUCCAAGGCCUCCACCCCUGCUGCGAAAGAGCCUGCUGCUGCAGCUACUGGUCAGGUCCCUGCCACCUCUAGAUCGGCCGUCGUGGGUGCUGAGCCCGUUGCUCCUGUCCUCGCCCAGGUUGCUCAAGCGGCCUUGGCCCCGCUUGUGCUUCCUGACCUGAGGGCACAAGCCAUGGAUCGUCUUCUUCCUGGCCGCAAGACCAGGGGUUCGCGCCCUGCCACCUCUGCGACCACUGCCACCACUGCCAGUCCUGCCCCUACUGCCAGUCCUGCCACCACUACUGACGUCCCUGUUGCGGCUACCCCGGGUUUCAUCUCUGCUACCACUGCUCCUAUGGUCACUGCUCUGGAGACUCUGGUUGAUACCCUUACCCAGGUUAACGAUCGUUUGAAUGCUAGUACCACCCGAGAGACAGUUACUAGGGAGAACGUCUCUUUCCUGCAGCAAAUGUUGUUGUACUCUCAGGCCUGCGACGAGAGUGCUCCUACCCCUGAAUUCGAGGUAGAGGUCGGGGACGACCUUGAUAAGUUUCGCACCCUGAUGCAAGCUAGUAUGUCCCGCUGUCUCGAGAACAUCGACAUUGGUACUAGCCGUGUUUCUGGUCGGGUUCGUGACCUACGUAAGGACCUCGACAACCACAUGGAGCGCUUGGGGGUUACCCUUACGACCGGUUUUGCUGGCGUCACGGCUGCUAUUAAUCAAGGGUUCGCGACCCUUCUUCAGCAAACUACUUCUACUCAGAUCACUUCGACCUCUGCUGCUUCAAUCCCCGCUUCCGUUGUGACCCCUGGUCCACCUCGGUCGUCCCCCCGCGGUGUUGGCGCUCCUGUCACCCCUCCUAUUGGGGUUUCCGCUCUCGUUGGAUCUGUUGACCGCCGCCGACGCGGCGUUGAUCCCCUUCCACGCCGGUUUGGCUCCUUCACCGGGUACGGAGAUGGCCCCCUUGGGGCCGCUGUCCCCCUUGCUCCUGGCGUCCCUUCCAGCAAGGGUAAACGUUCUGGCUCUGCUGCUGGGGUUGUCGAGACUCCUACCUCAAGAAGCAACGCCGGGAUAGGUCCCCUGCCGCUUCGCCCACUCCCAGCAUUCAGUCCACUCAACUCGAGCAGUUUGUUAAGGGAUGCUAACCUCUCUGCUUGGUUCCAGGACCCCACUGCUACCGCUGGUGGCAACCUUGGUACUGAGUCCUUGGAGGAUGUUUACGCUGGGGGUGCCCCAGUCUCUUCUCCUGCUGCUUCUGGCGAGGAGGACCUGCCUUCCCCCGUUCGCAAGGUCCGUCGCUCUGGACGUUCCGUUCGAACCCCCAAGAAGUAA